GUAUCUUAAAAGUGUCUCUCUAUCUAAUCUUCAUCAUCGGUUUUAGUCAAUGGCAAAGAUCGAUGGUGGAACCGAAAAGCAGACUUAUCCAAUCGUGGUCAAUAAAUAUUGAUUUGGUUGUAUUAAAAACGGUAUGUACGACGUACUCAAGAAGGUCUGUGAUGUCGGUUUGGUCAAACCUCGAGAGAAAAGGCUGCUAUAGCAGUGAUUCGAAACUUGUGCGUGAAUAAAAAGUUGUCGCUACAAGAGGUGGUAUCUCAAAAUAUUGGACUACUCUUGACGCAUUCAAAAAAUAGAGACGAAGCUAAUCAUGUGCUUGCGAAAAAAAUAUUCCAAUUUUUGUAGGAUGCAUGCUAGAUGAAAAGUUUGAAGAGUUACAAGGGAAAGAUGACCUGUGUAGCGCAGUCGUAGCGCUGGAGCUUGUCCUGAUCCUCCCGUUCUCUCGAUUUUGAUCUCUCACUAGUACAGCGCUGCACAUUUGGAGUGGUAUUCCUGGCGCGCGAGUUCGGCAUCCGCAAGGUGGCUGCUAACUAGAAGUUCUUGACUCGCCGACUCACUGCAGCACAUACAUAUUUAUAUACGUGCAAUAAGUACAACGAACAACACUACUUCUAUAAUUUCUUAUUCUUGAUGUAAAAGUGAAAAAAUGCCCGAAUCUGCUGGGAAUUCGGUGUCGUCGACUGGCCCCUCGAUCUCGACGAGUAAUGGGCAUCCGAUUUCGAACGGCGACCGAUUUAUACCGAACCGCAGCUGCAUAGUGUCAGACUCUUCGCGCCUACUAUUCAGUUCCGAACAACAAGAUGAUUUCAUGCCCAAAACCGACUACGAACAUGCGCUCGCUGAAAAUUGUCUAGGAAAGGAACAGGUAAGUACUACAUAUCAAAUUUUUAUCUACUUAGGACUUUACAUGUUGUUCUCUCGAUAGUACCAAGUGCGAUGUUGAACUCUCUCAUAAUUACAACAGGCUUCCGAAUUGCUGAAGGAGAGGAUAUUGGCGUAUUCCCAGAAACCACCGGUGCCAACGCAAACGGGUGCCGACGAAGUGAAAGUCGUUUAUUCUCUGAAGAGGACAGCUCCAUCGACUUCGCAAAAGCAAUUGUUAUGGACUAGGAGGACAAUGCAUCUCGUCUGUAUUACAGCAAGCGAUCACUUACAGUAAGCGAUCGAUCUCCUUGUAAAAUUAUCCUUAUCAAUUUGAAUUUGUAGACCGAGACAUGCAUUUCCAUCAGGCAUCCUUGGCCAAUUUUUCAAUAGGCAGAAGGGAGUGUCUCUUUAAUCAAAUGAUGAAAUGGAACAGGACGUAAAAAAACAAGCACGAAAAACAUGCAACUCCCUUCCCAAAAAGACAAAAAAAGGUAGCCCCUAUACCUCGCGAAUAGGUAAAUCAAUCAAUCAAUGAAUCAAUCAAUGAAUCAAUGAAUCAAUGAGUCACUCAGUCAUCCUGUCUCUUUAAGGAUCCUGUCUCUUUAAGGAUCCUCUGCUCUAACAUGAUUAGCAGCGUCUGGCGCGCAGCAUCGCGUCAUUCCGACAACGCCUUUCAGAACACUGGAUGCCCCAGAUCUCGUAGACGACUUCUACCUGAAUCUGUUAGACUGGUCGACUCAAAACAUCGUGGCGGUGGCGCUAGGGGGGAUGGUAACAUUUUUUACUUUAUAUCGACGGACAAUAUAUCUUUUUUUAUACACUUUAGGAUACUUGUCGAUAGUUACCCUUUUCUCUUCUAUAUCUUCCUCUGGUCUGUCUUUUUUCUAGUUAGGUCGGCUCCACCACAAAUAUUAAUUGGAUUACUUGAUUCUUUUGUUUUUUGUUUCCUAGUUAGGUGUGCUCCACCGAUAUUUUUAUAUUACGUUGCAUUCUACUUAUUUGUCGACUACUGUUGUAUUACGUUGCAUCCCCGCCCCUCGCUCCCAGAGGCCAGUGACCGGUCGUUAUUUUCAGUAUUUCCGUACCUGACUCUGAAAUGGUUCGGUUAAGUAGUGACCUAAGGAGUCGCUUAAGUAGUGACCCGGUGCGUCGCUUAACCGGUGACAGAUGGCGUUGAGGCUCUUCAGGGAUACACUUCUGCAGCACUUGAAACUCGACUUUCGCAGCACUUAAGCAGCAGCUCUUUGCAGCACUUAAGCAGCAGCUCUUUGCAGCAUUUAGGGGACACCGUUUUGCAGCUCUUAGGGGACACAGAUUUGCACCACUUAGCUGACACACUUUUGCAGCACUUAAGGGCUAGAUCUUUGCAGCACUUAAUUAACAUAGGUUUGCAGCACUUAAUUAACACCGGUUUGCAGCACUUAGGGGACACAGAUUUGCAGCAGAUAAGGGACAGACAUUUGCAGCACUUAGGGGGCAGAUCCUUGAGGCACUUCAGGGCGACAUUUUUGAGGCACUUAACGAGGGCGCCUUUGAGGCACUUCGCGAGGGCGCCUUUGAGGCGCUUAGCGAGGGCGCCUUUGAGGCACUUAGCGAGGGCGCCUUUGAGUCACUUAAAGGGGAUAUCUUUGAGGCACUUGAGGGCCAGAAGCGUGAGGCACUUAAGGGACAGUGCCCAAAUCGCGCGAGUGCUCCUUUCUUCUCCUUACCUCUUUAUCUCUCUAGUCCACUUUCCUGUGUACUUCCUUUAGUUUACCAGGAUAGAUUUUAUUUCCUCAGAUCUAUUUGUGGAAUGGAAAUACGGCGUCAACGACAGAGCUCUGUAGUUUACCGGAAGACGUGGAGACUCACUACACCAGUGUCCGAUUUACCCGCGAUGGCUGCCAUCUCGCUCUAGGGCUAUCCGACAAUACAACCCAACUUUGGGAUUUGGGUAAUUCCGCGUGAUACAGAGCUAUCAAAUUUUGUUUUGGUGAUCAACUGCAGAGCAGAUAGGGUCAACAUCAUUCAUUGAUACCGUAUUAAAAAGUCUAACAUUGACUAUCCUGGACGCCCACCCAGAAUCUGAAAUUCUCCUCUCAAAACGAGGAUACUCCUCCUCCAAAAACAUAUCCAUCCAACAAACUACCCAGGCCGUUCCAAGCAGUUGCGAACGUUUAGGACACACUCUGCCAGAGUAAGCAGUCUGGCAUGGAACGGGCCACUCUUGUCGACAGGGUCAAAAGAUUUUGAGAUACAUAACCAUGACGUGCGAGUGAGGGAACAUCUUCUCUCCAAGAUGGGAGAAAAUUUCCAUCAGCAAGAGGUACCAAGAUAGUUUUCCUUCUUGUGAGACUUUUUAGACGCUAACUCUACGUUAUUAGACCUAUUCUAUCUUGCAUGUGUUGACAUUUAUCAGACCAGUGUAACCUGUCUUGUGCUUCGUCGAUAAGCAUCCAUACCUUUCAGCCGUUUCUUCUCUUGCUUGAAUUUUCUGACGCAUCCUAAUUAAGUCCUGAACUUGUACCUCAUGCUAGGUAAAUGAAUGAAUGAAUGAAUGAAUGAAUCACAGCCGUUUACGUCACGAAUCACCAGGUAUGCAGCUUGGAAUGGUCCCCCGAUGGCAGCAUGCUGGCUAGUGGUGGUAACGACAACAUGAUCUGUCUGACCGACGAGCGGGAAAUGUCACGACCUAGAUGUCAGUUGACGGAACACCGAGCAGCAGUGAAAGCGUUAUCUUGGUGUCCUUGGCAACGAAAUUUACUCGCCAGUGGCGCUGGUAGCAACGAUCAAACCGUGAAGAUCUGGAAUGCAAGUUUACGAAAGAAUAUUUAGAUUAGACCUAUGUACUAUUGAUGUUAUAUUAUCGCACAGAUAGUAGAACAAUAUUCACAUAUAAUAUGGAAUAAACCUGAGUUCGUGAGUACUUACGUGGGAGGAGGAUUACAACAAAGAAGUCGAAGUCCUCGUUGAAGACCGCUACUUCAGAAACUACCGUUCUUUCGUCUUGAUGAUUAUAGUGGAGAAAUACUAUUUCAGAGAUUUUUAUCAGUAGUACGCGUUGUAGUCAUGAGCAUAAAGUAGAUAGAUCAAGUGCUUUAUUUCUUCUAUGCUGAGUAGCUUUUCUCUGAGCUCCUUUUUUCCUUUCAUUUCCAAGCGGAAGCAAAGUGACGGAAGUCGUUACGGACGCACAAGUGACGCAAGUGAAGUGGAGUUUUGCAGAGAGUGGCUGUCGAGAGCUAGCUGUCAGUCACGGAUUUUCACUUAAGACCAUUUCAAUGAAAGAAUAAGCGAAUGAAUGGAGUAGAAAAAAUGAUACCCACUUCCAUGAUACAAGGCAUCCUUAGAAGCAUUAUAAGGCAUCCCCUUACAGAAUGAUCCUUGAAAACCUCCUCUUUUUCUAGUUUACGGAACUAUACAAAGAGGAGGUCUUCAAGAAUACUCUCUACACCCGGGGAAGAUGUAACUGGUGCGGCAGCGUUCGCUACUUCCUAACUGAAGAUUGGGAUUUUUGAAUGUUAUAGACUAGGAUCAUCUCUAAUUCACGAAAUGGCAUCAGUUUGUGGCGGUAUCCGUCUAUGGAGCGCGCGGCGGAGCUUUGUGGUCACACCAGCCGCAUUCUCUCCAUGGCCCAGUCUCCCGAUGGAAGUACGCUACUUACGGCCGGCGCCGACGAAACCCUACGAUUUUGGAAGGUCUUUCCACCAUUACGGCAACCCAGGGACCAUCCUCGGCGUCAUCCUUGGCUAUUUUUCUCAGGAGAAAAGGGCGCAAGGAUGGUGCGGUCGAGGAUACGACUGCGGUAGCUCUAACGCCAUGUUCCAGUGGUGGCGCAGAUCUGCAUGGUUCUUCUGCCCUUUCGGGUCCAGAGUCGGGAAUAUCAAGAGCAGCUAGAAUAGGAGGUCAAGGUGGAGACCACCCGAUGCCAGGAGUAAAGACUUUAGAAAGUCUAGCAGCAAGUGCAAAAAUUAAAGGAAUUCGAUGAAGACAAGUCGUUUGUAUUUGAAGAUGGGAGACGUGCCAUUUGCUCCUCGACGUAGUUGCACGACUUCUGUUAAUAAUCGCAAAGGGAAAUGCCUUACUGUAUCUAUACGAAUUUCAAAAACUACUGUAUCGUUCUCUUUUCAAAAUUGUAUAUAGGACAAAUUCAUCAAUUAAUCUACAUGCGUACACAUUUAUAUAAGUUCUUUGUAUGUGGGAUUCUGCUCGUUUCUGCAGCACGCGGAAGGCGGCAACGCGUUGUCGCCUUCAGUGAAGGGUAUACAUCUUUACCUAGAGAACACUUGGCUACCCAACAUAGUACUCUACAGCAUUGGUCACGAUAUCACGUUGUCAAAAAGAUGACCCUCACGCACCAUUCAUUCGCGUCGAAUCACAUAUAGAACUACCCGUUUCAACACAUUUUCUUGGUAUUAAAAGACCCAAUGUAUUUUAUGCAAGAACUACUAGUAAUGAUUAUAAAUGCAACUAUUGCAACUACUGAACACUUAAUCGUAUGCACGACUUAUUGAUGAGUAGCGCUAGCCCUAAGACACAGAUAGCACUUUGACAUAUAGAGUUCUUGUUCAACACAUAGAGGUCUUGUACUAUGACUCCUUCUGGCGGCCAAAAGGAAAGUUGCGUGUCGCAAACUACAUACGCUUCAUCAUGACGCACAAUGAUAGCAGGGUUGUGCAUGGUGGAUAAGUGAGUUGCAACAUUUGAAAAAAAGUUGUGCCCGCGCGAAAAAAGUAGACCACGACUACCUGCAUAAGGAAAUUUUUAGAAGUCACG